AGUAACCUCCGCCAGCGGCUCUGACCUUUGCCCCGCUCGCCGUGGCGCCGACGGUCCCGUCAUCACUAUGGCUGCCUUCAGUAAGAGUAUCCCGCACGGCUGCUAUGAGAUCGGACACACAUGGAGCACCUCCUGUACCAUGUCCGCUCUCCAAGUCACUGUUGGAGCUUUCCAAGAGUCCCUGAAAAUUUAUGCGCCUCUAUACAUCAUUGCAGCCAUUCUUCGACGGCGGAAGUUAGACUACUAUAUUCACAAACUGCUUCCAGAGAUUCUCCAGUCAACAUCGUUCCUUACUGCAAAUGGUGGCUUGUAUAUUAUGUUUUUCUGUAUCCUCAGGAAACUUCUUGGGAAAUUCUACAUAUGGUCUGCAGGAUUUGGUGCUGCUUUGCCUGCUUCCUAUUUGGCUAUUCUGAUUGAGAGGAAAAGCAGGCGAGGCCUAUUGACAAUUUAUAUGGCUAACUUGGCAACUGAGAGUAUAUUUCGAAUGGCCGUAACAAGGGGUCUUAUCACACCAGUUAAACAUGGAGAGGUCCUGUUGUUUUGCUUCACAGCUGCCCUGUACAUGUUCUUCUUCAGAUGCAAAGAUGGCCUCAAGGGAUUUGCUUUCUCAGCCCUGAAGUUUAUUGUUGGAAAGGAAGAAAUUCCAGCACAUUCAGUUUUGGCAGAACCACGGAAUAUCAGUAUAUUCAGUAGUCACUCUACUGAGCACCAGGCAAUAGAAGAUCCAAAGGAGAAGACCAAGAAGUCUUUGCUAAUCUUGACGAGACGACUUGUUGACAAAAUCUGCAAACAUGGUCCAAGACACAGAUGUUGUAAACAUUAUGAAGACAACUGCAUCUCCUACUGCAUUAAAGGUUUUAUACGGAUGUUCAGUGUUGGUUACCUUAUUCAGUGCUGCCUUCGUAUUCCAUCAGCACUUAGACACCUGUUUACAAAGCCAUCACGACUGCUGUCUGCUUUGUACAAUAAAGAAAACUUCCAACUUGGAGCUUUUCUAGGAUCCUUUGUCAGUAUUUACAAGGGUACAAGUUGCUUCCUCCGAUGGGUGAGAAAUUUGGACGAUGAACUUCAUGCACUGAUUGCUGGUUUCUUAGCAGGAAUGUCAAUGAUGUUUUACAAAAGCACAUCCAUCUCCAUGUACCUGGCUUCUAAACUCGUGGAGACAAUGUAUUUCAAAGGCAUUGAAGCAGGAAAAUGUCCAUACGUUGCGCAUGCAGAUACAGUCAUCUAUGCGAUUUCCACAGCCAUAUGUUUCCAAGCAGCUGUGAUGGAAGUACAGAACUUACGGCCUUCCUACUGGAAGUUUCUACUGAGGCUUACAAAGGGAAGGUUUGCUCUGAUGAACAGAAGAGCAUUGGAUGUUUUUGGCACACAAGCCUCUAGAGACUUCAAAGGAUUCAUACCAAGACUGGACCCAAGAUAUACUGUUGUAAAACCAGAACUUGGACUCCAUUCCUGACUACCCACUGGUUUCACUGGCCAGGAUAAACAUUCAUUGGAUUGGUUCAGGUUCUCAUGACAGGUUUAACAAGAGUCCGUAAUUCCGGUGUUUCACCCUAAAAAAAAAUGGUCAAUGAUCCAUAUUCUUGCUGUUUUCCUUAAGAGAAGGGCUAUCUAAUUGAGCCCAUCUUCUAUUAUUAAAAGAAAUGUGAAUGCUUAAAGUAAGUACUUAUUUUUUUGGAACUUCAGUCGCUUCUGUUAAUUGAUCCAGAUUUUGUUACAAUUUUUGCUUGUUAUUUUAAAUGUGAUACACAUAAAUUCAGGUUACCACAAAUCUCAUUUAUGCCAACUGCUUUUUAGCAGGAUCUCGCCCAUUUUAAAUACACUGAUGCUGAUGAAUUUGUUUGAGAAAUUUACUUUGUUUUCUCUUUCAUGUAUUCUAUGGUUAUGGUUUCAUUGCUCAUAGCCAAUGGUUGACAAGCAAAUGAAAUAAACAGAAUUUGAUGGGAAAUAAGUUACAUUAUGUAAAUUGGACCAUCCACUUGCACUGCUGAAGAAACAUUGUUUUUAACAUUAAAUAGCUCUAUUGGUUUUUAUCAAUAAAGCCCUAUUCAUUUCUGUUUAGUAACGUAUUUACUGCAGAAUUUGCCAGUUCACUUUUAACUGAAUGGAAAUUUUCAUAUUCUAGUAUAUUAAAAACAUCAUAAAGGUGAAUAAUUUUGCCUGUAAAUGCAAUAUCAAGAGCAUUUCAGGCAAAACUCUUUUUAUCACAGGAAUUCAAAACAAAUAAAGCUGUUCAAUUGGAAAUUUUACUUAGUAGUUGAUCCUAGAAUCUUUUAUUAUGGUUAGGUUACACCAACCCUUCGAGUGCUGAAGAACUUCUGUUUCUGAGAAUAAAACAAUUGUCACCGGUAAUUUGUUUUAAAAGGAUAUAGUGCAGAAAUUGAAAUUCCAAAAAUUGAAAACGUACAAUAAAAUCAACUAUCUGUCAAUUAAAUGUUUUAUUCUACAUUGAAGAAAAUAAAAAAUGUCAUUUUUAGACAUAGUCCAUAAUAGUGUAAUAUUCCUUCUAUUUACAGAAGAAAGCUUGUGUGUUGGAUCUGUAAGAACCCUCUUUAUUUCUACAGCUGAAAAUGUGUAAAUUGAACUAUAAAAACAGAUGUUUUACAAGUGAUAUGCAGACGAUGGUAAGAACUGCUCUAGCAUACUACAUAUGCUCUAAAUUAGGAAUAGUGGUUUCCUAGAUCCAUAUAUGUUGAUUACUCAACAUGCUGUGGUUGAGAUCUCCUAAUUAUGACCUAAGCUGUUCAAUUAGACCAUCUUCAUCAGUUCCAGUGGUAGAUGAAAUUAGAAUGGGGGGUACUAUUGUUUCCUGUAGCCUUAUGCAAACAUUGCAUUUACUCCCAGCACAAGUGGUUGGCAUUGACAAAAGCUGUGACUUGUAUUCCAUCAAAUAAUGGCAUGUGUCUAGUAAAUAAUCAGUAUAUUUACAGGUGUUAAUUACCUCAUAAAGCAGGACUUAUCUCACAGCGUGAUGUGAGUUGCUUUGGUACUUUUGAUCAAAACUGUGAGUAUUCAAAUUAUUUCAAUGCAUUGGAAACAUUGAGAUUUUCCCUAGUAUGCACUGGAAAAUUAUCAUGGAAGAAUUGAUUCAACAACAUGUCAAACUUUAAAAGGGAUUCAUGUCUUUUGUGAAAAAUUAUUUUACUUCAUUGGUCUAUAUGUAUUGAGCUACAAAGGGCUAAAGGGCAGUUUGUACCUGUUUAUGUAUGGCUUAUUACUGCAAAAAGCACAGUUUGUUGCUUUUGUUACCACUCCAUUUGUCCAUACUGCCUUAAACCUCUGCCUAGAAAACUUGAGUUUGAAACAGAAGCAAAAGAAAACAAAAGACAUGAACCCCUUCCGCUAUCAACAGACAGCUCCAGUGGUUUGUAUAAAAUGUUUUCAAUGCAGAGAGUGGCAAAACAAAUCUAAAGAAGAUUAUGCCAUGUAAUUGCAUUCGUUUUUGUAAGAAAAAAUAGGAAACUCAAAACAUGUAAAUCAUGUGAUAAAUUUAAGGCUGCAUCUUAACAAGUUUGUAAAGUAAUAUAAAUAUCCUUUAAUUUUAACAAUUAAAAUACUAAUAAAACAUCA